AUGGUGGGCGGCCUCGGGCAUGAGUGGGCGGCCUGCCUCACCCAGAACCCUCCGCCCGCCCAUACCACCACUAACACCACCCCUUGUCGCACCCCGCCCACACCCGCCACCGCCCCCGCCAACCGCACCCCCUCCCCCGCCCGCACCCGCACCGCCACCCCACCGCAUCUCAGACAAGUGGUAGCAGGUUCUGAUCUUCCUCGAGGUGUUUCAACACGCCCUCACCCCGCCUGCCUCCUCUUCCUCCACCUCACCCAGGAGAACUUCAACCCCCGCCCCCGUGGUUCCUCUGGCGCCCCCCUCAAGCUACAGGUGCGCGACGGUGUCCUGCAGACGGAGGGUGAACAGCCUGGCCUGGCCUCGUGGCUGCCGGUGCUCCCCCUGGCCCCUGACGUGCACGCCGAGGCCGCCACGCUCACCUACACGCACCAGGACGGCCACGAGAUGCUGCGCCUCACGCUGACCAAGGCGCUGAAGGAGGGGGACACGCCGCCGCUCUGGUUCUCCUCGGAGGUGGCGGCGCAGCUCGGCCUCCCGUUCCUUAAUUUUUCGCACGUCAGAGGCGGCGUGUACACCUGCCCGCAGUGUGAGCGUCGCUUCCCGGCGCCCAACCCUCUCAAGCUACACCUGGCGGCGCGCUGCGACACGCUGGCCCCCUCCAUGCUGUGGGCGCGCCUCGCCGCCCGCCCGUCGCCCCGCCCCGCACACAAACCCUGGUUCGCUCCAUUGCUGCCCCUGCCCGCCCCCCUCGCCCCGAGGACACCAUGCCCCGUCCUACGCCCCGCCGAGGCCUCCCCCACUGCGUCCCCCGGGGCGGGCAAACCAGCGUCGCCUGACUCCACCAGCUGUCACGGCAGCGUCCCGGGACCCGGCCCGCCCGCCGAGCCCCGCUCAGCCUUCAGGCGGGUGGGAGGGGGUCCCGAGGUCAGCCCGCCGCGGCCCCACACCACCACGCUGGGGGGCACACACCCGCCGGGCACCUCCCGCCACGCCCUCGCCGCCACGGUGCACCCGCUGCUCCUGCCGCCCGCCACCUCCGAGGCCCCGAUGUUCCUCCACCCGCGCUUCCUCCUGGGCGCCUUCCUGCCCGCCCACGCGGCCCCCCACAGCCUCGCCGCCCAGCCCCUCAUGCCCGCAAUGCCACUGGCAGGGUCCACCCGCCCCCUCUUGGGAGAGUCGCCGGCGGCAGCGGGGGCGCUGGACCCCUGCGCCGAGAUGGAGACCCUCGUGUCCAACCUGGGCCGGAGCCGCGGCGGGCACCUGUGCCUGUACUGCGGCAAGGUGUACUCCCGCAAGUACGGCCUCAAGAUACACAUCCGCACGCACACGGGCUACAAGCCGCUCAAGUGCCGCGUGUGCCUGCGUCCCUUCGGCGACCCCAGCAACCUCAACAAGCACGUGAGGCUGCACGCGCAGGGUGAGACGCCAUACCGCUGCGAUCACUGCGGCAAGGUGCUCGUGCGGCGCAGGGACCUCGAGCGCCACGUGCGCUCCCGCCACCCCCAGGCCGCGCCGCCGCAGCCCCGCCCGCUCACCGACACCGACACCGAGACCGACGACGAGGACGAGGACGACGUGGUGGACGUGGAGGACGAGGUGCUGAGGCCGGACGGGAGGAUGCAGGAGGCUGCGUCAGGCGGCGUGACUCCCUGACGCGGCCACGGCG